UUCACAGCCACUUCUGGAGAGAUGAGCCAUGGCUACAGUGCACUCCAACAUGUCAACUGAGAACUACCCUGAUUACAACAACCUGAAUGAAAACCACACAUUCUCACCCUGCAGCAGUAUUAAAGUAAAAGAAUUCAGCCGCAUCUUCCUCCCCACCCUCUAUAGCAUUGUCUUCAUUGUAGGAUUAAUUGGUAAUGGCCUGGUUGUUUGUAUUUUGGUCAAGUACCAUAAAAGAUCUAACAUGUCAGAUCUGUGCCUCUUUAACCUGGCUCUUUCAGACCUCUUCUUUCUUAUCUCAUUGCCUUUCUGGGCUCAUUAUGCUGCUAUUGGUAAUUGGAUUUUUGGCCACUUCAUGUGCCAUACAGUGACAGCACUCUACAUGCUGGGACUCUAUGGAAGCAUCUUCUUCAUGAUUCUAAUGACUGUAGACCGCUAUGCUGUCAUCGUUCACACCUAUACCUCCCUUGUUUCUAAAUACCAUUCGCUCAGAGCUAGUAUAGCCUUGGCUUUGUUUAUGUGGGCACUUAGCUUGGGAGCCUCUCUACCAAGCAUAAUUUUCUCCCAAGUGAAGAAUGAAACGAAUAGAUUGACAUGCAAAGUGGAAGGUCCCCAAGGAACAUCAUGGAUGUCAUUUUCAUACAUUGAACUAAACAUUGUUGGCUUGAUAAUUCCUCUGUCAGUGAUGGUAUUCUGCUAUUCACGUAUCAUCCCCAUAUUAAUGACCAUGAAGUCACAGAAGAAACACAAAGCUGUUAGGCUCAUGCUAGUCUUAGUUAUUGUUUUCUUUUUUUUUUGGACGCCCUACAACAUCAUCAUCUUCCUGAAGUUCCUGCAUCACCUGGGUUACUUGAAAAGUUGUGAGUGGGAGCAGGACCUGCACAUGGCUUUGCAGUGGGUGGAAACUAUAGCAUUCAGUCACUGCUGCCUGAACCCCAUAAUUUAUGCUUUUGUGGGGCAAAAAUUCAGGAAUUUAUUUCGAAAGAUCCUAAACGAGUGGUUUCCUAAUUGCUUUGGUCGGUGUGCAAAAACUGAAAGUGAGCUAUCAGAGACGGGAAGCUCUAUGUACAUACGCUGGUCAGUCACAAAUUCCAGCACAAAACCAAAAUCUAAGCGGUAAAUGUUAACAGCUUAUUGCCAAACCUACUGAAAUUUCUGUCAUUUUAUUGCUGUAUGUAUAUGUAACUAUACUGUAUAUCUAGUUCUACAUUUAUGAACAAGCAGUGAGUCUAUAUUUCAAUAUAAUCUACUGAGGAUAUGUAAUCACAUCAUCAUAAUUAGUAAUAACAUAAUUCUCACCAUGUCUCUCCUGUAUUUGACUUGUAUUUAAAUGCUAUUUACUGUAGUGUGUGGAUAGUGUAGUUACUGUUACUAUGUUAUUUACAGAAUUAACAUUCUAUGUCACAAUAAACAAAAUACUUCACUAGAAAAAACAGACAUUUUAGAAAGUGAAAUAUUCUCGAAUAUGGCCAAACAUAUCUGUAAUCUCUUAAAAUAAUAAUAAUUUGAUUUCUUAAAAUUAAGAUUACAAACAAAAUAUUAGCUUAUUACUUGUCAAAAGUUACUAAAAUAGCAAGAAUUAUAUU